UCAUAAUUUAUAAAAUCUUUGCCUCCGCCCAUCUAUCCUGGUAGUCCGAGCUUGUUUCGCCUUAUGCCCAACUUUCCCGUUUUCUUCUUGUCUUGGUAGCCGGCUCUAGGAAGCAAAUCUUUUUUUACCUACCUUCAUAAGAUAGUCUAGAUCAUUUUUAAGCCUCCACAUUCCUAAAUCUCGACCACCCAUCUCGAGAGACCCCACUUCUGUCAGACAUCCUGAAGUUCAUAACACGAUGACGUCCGGUCCGAAUUCCAACGCCACCCCGCGGCCGGCCAAAAUUUGCGUUUACUGCGGAUCGUCACCCGGGAACAAGCCGGCGUAUCUUAAAGCAGCCCAGGAUCUGGGCAGGCUUAUGGCCGAGAAUAACAUCUCUUUAGUGUACGGAGGUGGCACAGUAGGGCUGAUGGGAGAAGUAGCAAAGACAAUAGUAUCCAUAGCAGGCCCGGAUGCCGUCCACGGUAUUAUCCCCGAGGCGUUAGUUAGAUGGGAGCGAGAUGCAACUUAUUCGUCGACUCAGGAUGCCAACGGGUAUCACGUUCCGGAAGAGCAGGUUUACGGCCGAACGACGGUUGUUAAAGACAUGCAUACGAGGAAGCAGAUGAUGGCGAAAGAAGUGAUCGAAGGAGGACCCGGAAGUGGCUUCAUUGCACUCCCUGGCGGCUACGGCACGAUGGAAGAGCUGCUCGAGACGGCCACAUGGAAUCAACUGGGCAUCCACGAUAAAGGCGUUUGUUUACUCAACACGAACGGAUUCUAUAACGGCUUGACACAGUGGAUUAAGACUGCCGUCGACGAGGGCUUCGUAAAGGCAGGGAAUGCCGAUAUAUUAGUUACGGCAAACGAUGCCGAGGGUGCGCUCAAGGCCUUACGGGAAUACAAGGUUUCAGACGCGCGUUAUGGGUUAGAUUGGGGUAGCGAAUAAAGGAGUCGUUGCAUGAGAAGCAUUACGAAAGUUACCUACCUACCUAGGUACCUAUAUAUUGAUACUUAGGGCUGAGCUGACCGGCAUUUGCUGAGAUAGUUCUACUCAUUCUACGCAAUGCGAAACUUGUGUAUCCUGUCUGCGUGUAACCACGACGAGAUCUGC